AUGGCAUUCUUCUUUGCACUUAUUUGGCUCCUGGGCCAGCAUAGCAUUGCCUUAGCGCAGUCCAGCAUCAAUCGUGCUCCAGAAUUUCUUCCUGGCAAAGACAUGGAUCGGGUCUCAAUGCGAGAGGAUACACCAAUCGAUAGUGUUGUGUAUACUCUUCAAGGGAAGGACCCAGAAGGUUCUUCAGUUUCAUACAGCAUCAGUGGUGACUAUUUUAGUGUGGAUAGAAGUACUGGCAAAGUGACACUGGUCAAACCUUUGGAUAGGGAAAAGGAAGACAUGAUUGAGGUCAUCAUUAGUAUCCAAGAUGAACCAAUAGGAAACUCCUCUGAACCAAACAUCGUGUCACUGAGAAGAGAAAUCAAUGUGCUUGAUGUGAAUGAUAAUACUCCUGAGUUUCAGAAUCUCCCAUACUCCUUUUCUGUUCCGGAAUCUGCUUCAGUGGGUGCAACUGUGUUCAGAGAAAUCUUGGUAACAGAUGCUGAUGGUGGCUCCAAUGCAGAACUGGUCAUAGCAUGUGAUGAAGCUCAGAGCCCCCAAGCAUGUGAGCACUUCUCCAUCCUGCCUUUUCGGCUGAAGGAGGGUCGAUUUCUUGCCCUGGUGACUGUUAGAGUCCCUGUGGAUUAUGAAGAGAGGAGCUCCUUUCACUUGGCAUUGAAGGCCCAUGAUCGGGGGACAGAGAACCAGCGUACAGCUGCUGUGAAGGCCAUCAUUGAGGUCCUUGAUGAACAAGACCAGGCACCUGUUUUUCAUAAUGCACCUUAUUCAAUUGUAGUGCAAGAAAACACACCGCAGAAUGUCACAGUGCUACAUAUAUCUGCGGAAGAUGGGGAUUUUGGACGGCCCCGUCCUGUCAUUUUGGAAAAGGUGUCUGACCCCCUUGAUUAUUUCCAUCUUAUUGAUGAUGGGAAAGGAGAAGCCAGACUUGUGACCUCCCCCAUUCCUGUUGAUCGUGAACACCCUAGCAUCCUUGGAAGUGCUGGACUCUAUACUGUACAAGUCAAGGCAACAGAGAUGAUUGGAAGCCAAGGUGGGAGGCCUCGAAGAGGUGAUUCCACCAUCACAAACAUAACAGUGGUUGUUGAAGACACAGAUGACCAGCUUCCACAGUUUAACAUCAGAUCAGUUUCACUCUCCAUCCCGGAGUACCUGGGCAAGGGGGAAGCAAUUCCAGGACUAAAUCUGCAUGUCUCUGAUGGGGAUUUGGGAGAGAACUCGCGGUAUAGCUUGGGACUGGAUGACCCAAAUCAAGUGUUUGAUGUCUCACCAAAGGAAGCCCAGGGCAGCACCCCAAUUGUCAUCACAGUUCAUGAUCCCUCUAAACUGGACUAUGACCAACCUGAGAUGCAGAAUCAUUCACUCACUGUACAGGUCAUUCAACACGGGGAGGUUGUAAAUGAAGCCAAGGUGAAGAUCCAGUUGACUGAUGCCAAUGAUAAUUCACCCACAUUUGAUUGGCACGAUAUCAAGCUCCUGGUUGCAGAAGAUGUGGAACCUGGGGCCCUGAUUCAAACCCUAUCAGCCAGUGACUUAGAUUCAUCUGUCUUUGGAGAUGUCACCUACAGCCUCAAAGGAUUUGGGUCAGAGAAGUUUGAACUGGACAGCAAGACUGGGGAGCUCCGGGUCUCUCGUUCGUGCUUGAAGGGAAUAUGCCUAGAUCAUGAGAGACAGAAAAUGUAUUCACUGACCCUGGAGGCAAUAGAUGGAGGUGGAAAGGUGGCAACAGCCAAUGUGGUUGUUGAGAUCACUGAUGUCAACGACCAUGCACCCAUCUUUCCUGUCCCAGAGUAUCGGCUAUUUCUGGAAGAUGGCAGCCAGGAACUCUUACCACCACUUCGUGUCCAUGCAAAAGAUGGUGACAGUGGGGAGAAUGGGCACAUAACUUACCACAUCAUUGCUGGUAAUACAGAGGAUAAGGCUGUGGCCCUUGAUCCUAAGACAGGUGAUGUCACCCUUAGGCGCCCACUCACAAAAGAAGAUGGAAGGGUGAGGUUAACCAUUGAGGCUAGGGAUAAUGGAGAUCCUCCACAGACCGCCCAAGUCAAGGUCAUGCUCUCUGUUGGCAUCCGGGACAACCUCUUUCCUGAAUUCAGGAAUCUUCCAGGAAAAGUAUCUGUCAGAGAAGAUGCCAGCCCCAACACCGCUGUGCUCCAGCUUUCAGCACACGAUCCAGAUGGGAACGAUGAGGACAUUCGUUUCCGAAUCCUGGAAGGUGGGAAUGACAAUUUCAAGAUCAAUGAGCGCACUGGAGAAAUUUUUGUCUCGGAAGAUGCCCACCUGGACAGGGAAAGUCAGGGGGAGAUGUACAGCUUGCUGGUCGAGGCUGAAGACACCAACCAGGGUGCAACAUCUGCAUAUGUCAACAUCACUAUUGAGGAUGUCAACGAUGAGCCCCCUCGCAUCUCCCUUCCCACUCCUGUGUAUGUGUCAGAGGGAGCCCAUGUGGGGACAGAGAUAGCCCGAAUUGAGGCCAAAGACCCUGACAUGGAUGCACAACUCCAGUUUGCCCUUCUGCCCCAGUCCAUGAUGGUGUUUGACAAGGCAGGCUUGGAACUCCUUCGUGCUGAACAAGAGGGCAUAUACAAGGAUGCCUUCUCAAUUGAUUCAGACUCAGGGAUCCUGCGUGUGAAUCGACCACUGUCUCACGACGAGACUUCUGGAUUCCGAUUCCAGGUGGAAGUAGUGGAUGUGGCUGGUGUGGAACGUCAGAAUGACACCGUGGAGGUGACAGUGUACAUCCAGGCAUACAACCACACUGAUCCAGUGUUUGCAGGGGGCUGGAGCCCAUCUGUCCCCCGUAUUAAUAUCACCCUGGAUGAGGAGAUGCGCAUUGGAUCCCACCUGUACACGUUAAAGGCAUUUGAUCCCGUGAGGGAAGGUCGGUCCUUGCGAUUCCAGGAGGUUGAGGGUUCAGAUCCUGAGAACUAUUUCUCUGUCAGUCCUUCAUCUGGAGUUGUGACUCUCAACAAACGACUUGACUAUGAUGCCAUGCCUGAAAAGAUGAUGGGCCUAGACAUUGAAGCAGUUGCAGAUGAUGGACGAAUGAGCUUGGCCAAGCUGGCCUUCCAAGUGAAGGACAUUAAUGACAACAGCCCUGAGUUCCUCCAGAGCAUGUACAAGAUCCAGGUCCCCGAAUCUGUGCACCACCCACAGGUUCUGGUCCGUGUGAGUGCAAAGGAUAAGGAUGCUGAUGGGAGGGGUGUGACUUAUGCCAUCUCAGGACUUGAGAAGGAGCUUUUUGACAUUGAUGCUCAAACUGGGGAGAUCCGUUUGAGGCCAAACAUGUCCUUGGACCGAGAGACCAAGGAGAAGCACAAACUCAUGGUCUUUGCAAAGGACCGUCCUGACGGGGAUCCUCAGCAGCGAAGUACUCCUGUUCAGGUGGAACUCGUGGUCGUGGAUGUGAAUGACAAUCCACCCCAUUUCCCACAGGACUCCUAUCAGUUAGUCCUCCCUGAAAACACUCCUGUUGGGACCCAGGUUGGCCUAUUCUCUGCACGAGACCCUGAUCAGGGUCUAAAUGGACAAAUUGAGUAUUCCAUAGCCUCAUAUGGAGAUGCUGAAGGUCUGUUUGAAAUGGAUCGUGAAGAUGGGUCAUUACGUGUGGCCUCAUCAUUGGCUGGGAAAGGGCGUUCAGAGCCUUACCUCCUGCGUGUGAGGGCUAUGGAUCGAGGGGAGCCUCCCCUCAGCUCUGAGGUAUUAGUCCGACUUUUCAUUGGAGAUGUUUCAUCGAAUGAUGGAGUCCCCUCGUUCAUCAGACCUCCUCUGCGAACCACUGUGUCUGUUGAUGAGAACUUACCUCCUGGAGCAGCAGUUUAUCAGGUUGUGGCCAUGGAUCCUGAUGAUUCAAGAACCCUCAAUGGCCAGCUGCGAUUCUCCCUUGUUGAUGACUUUCAGAGAUCUUUUCACAUUGAUGCUGUUACUGGUGUGAUCACAACGGGGAAGGUCCUCGAUAGAGAGGAGAGGGAGGAGUACCUGAUGGUCAUUGUGGCCAAGGACUUGGGUUCUCCUGCUCGUCACGUUUCUCGGGAACUUCGGGUCAAAGUUUCUGAUAUUGAUGAUCAUCUCCCUCAUUUUGUCACAGUAUGUUCUGUUCAUAAAUGA